UUUCCCAGCAGAGCUCCAGUUUAGACCGGGAAUGGCCACUAAGGAGCGCCAGAUUACGUCCGCUUUUCUUCUCCUUCGAUUACAGAAGCAAGCUGCGAAGACGAGAUGAUGAGACUCGUCUACCGAAGCGUUUCCGUAGCGUUUGCUGCACCAAGUCCGUCCCUUGUGUAUUCGUUGUGUUGGUUGCGGCCCACGCGUCCUAAUAGUCGUCGCCUUAUUCUUAGUGUUGCGUAGCCGCCGCUAAAAGAAUAAAAAUAAUAAAAAAAUCCGCCCCGCACAUCCUUAUCUUGCCCCCAUCGUCUGCGUCUCGUGCCAUUUUCCGUCUGCACCAAUGAUUGACUCUCAUAUCACUGCUUGCAAAAGCAGUUACCUCCGUAGUUACCUCCGUAAUUACCUCUGUAGUCGUCUCUCUAGCUGCCUCUGCAGUAACCACUCCGUUGCUCUUACGCCAUUCCGCUCGCCCCAUUCCAAGUUACACCGCCCUCGUUUCUACUCCCAAUCGCACGCACUUCCUUAGAGCGAAAUGACAUCUCCGUUAUCAUGUAGCCGCGUACAAGCCAUAGUAAUGGCAGCUACAACCGAGCCUAUAAUUGAACCAGACGCUUGGAACCUUUCUCGCCAAGACACUCUCUCCCCGCCGCCUCCCCCCAAGUGGGUAACGCUGCAGCAGCAGAUGGGUGGCCACAAGCCCAAGCUCUCGGCGCGCAGCCGUCGCGCAAUCGGCGGCGGGAAAAGCGGCGAAGGGGGGGGUAAUGACGCCGGUAGCCCUAGUAGUAGCAGCGGCGACAGCGGUGCGGAUAGUAGCGGUAGCGGCGGCGGCGGCAGCAGCCAAACCAGCGAUCCCGCGGCGAACGUUCCGGAGGAGUUUCUGUGCCCUCUGUCGCUUGAGAUUAUGCGCGACCCCGUUAUUAUCGCCUCCGGGCAGACCUACGAUCGUGCUUAUAUCGAGCGGUGGUUUGCGGAGGGCCGUUCCUCCUGCCCUAAAACGAGACAGUGCAUCGAGCACACUAAUUUCUGCCCUAAUUUCGCUCUUAGGAGCAUGAUUGCUGAUUGGUGUGCGGCAAAUGACGUCAGCCUUCCGCCAAUCACGCCGAUUCCCGCGUCAAAGCCUCCCUCGGGCUUUGCCGAGAGCCCCGCCGCCAAACACGCCGGCGCUGCUGCGGUGCCGAGAAAGGUAGAUACUCGCGCCGCGGCCACGACGAAGCAGCAGCAGCAACAGCAGCAGCAGCAUAAACUGAAGGAGCAGCAGCGUCAUAGAGACGCAUCCGAAGAACGGGGGGAAGCGGAGGGCAAAGCGGAGCGGCGCAACAGGGCGCGCAGCCAAGACAGGUUCGGGUCCUUGCGCGGGGCAAGGCAGGCGCAAGCGGAGAUGCAAGAGGAGGGGCAAGGGGAGGCGGAAAGGGAGAGCGGACGGCGGAGCGGGAAAACGUCCAGGGGGGAAUUUGCGGAAGAAGGAAGCACGGCGAGGCAGGGGAAGAAGAAAACAGGCGCGGGGAAGAAAAAGAGCGCCAGCGGGGAGGAUCUGGCGCGCCGGGAAAUGGAUGGGGGCGGCGUGUCCGGAGACCGCGCGGAGCUAGGUUCGGCGGAACGAAACUCCGCGGAGGGAGAAGGGGGAGCGGGUUGUCAGGAAGCGGAGGGGAGAGGCGCGGUGGGGGAGAAGCGCGAUGGGCACGCGCGCGCCCGUGAGCGCGGGGAGGAUGCGAGGCAGGAAAAGGCGGGGGAGGAGGAGAAGCGGAGAGUUAAAGGGGGAGAGGUUGCGAGUAGGAGCGGGAAAGAGAGGCGGAGAACGGCAAGCGGGGAAGGGGUGAGUCGCGAAGGGGGCAUCGCGGGGGGGAGGGGCGACGGGGGCGGGGAGGCAAAGGGCAGUCUAAGGGCUUCUCGCGGGUCGUUAAGCUCGUUCGGAAGGAGCAAAGCAGAUGCCGACAGCGCGCAGCAGCAGCAGCAGCAGCAGCAGCAGCAGCAGCAGCAGCAGCAGCAGCAGGAGGAGGAGGAGGUGGAGGAGAACGAGGAGGAGCAGCAGCAGCAGCAGUGGUCUCAAGCGGCGCAUUCGCCGGAUAUGGCGGUCAUAGCUGCUGCCGCCGUCGCCGCAGUAGACGCCGCGCGAUCCGCCGCGAGUGCCGCCGCUCCAUCCGCUAUUGAAGGCUCAGCCGCUCGUACUGCUAGUACAGGCGCUGGCAUCGGCGGCUCCCCCCCCGCCGACGCCAGUGCGGAAGCGGAAGCAGUGGGAGAUUGCGCCGCGUCCGCCGCCGCCGCCGCUGCCGCCGCAGGUGACGCGGAGUCCACGGCGGUUGCGGCGCAAAAGGCGCCGACUCAACGGCGGAAGCCGUUGCGCACAACGAGCUCGAUGGGUGGGAAAGGCGCGCGGAAGAGCAGCGGAAGUCUCAGCGGCAGCUUUAACGGUCAGAACGCAAUUGACGGCCUGCCGGCGGAACGGACGGCUGGGGAGCGCGUUAAGCAAGCAAGAGUGGGGAGGGCGCGCGGAUCGGAGGACGGGCAGGGGAACGCGCUGCUUUCCCGCACGCGCAGCAGCUUCCCCGCUGCGGGGAACCAGGGUCUCGCGGAGGCGCUGGGGAAGGCGGAACGCUGGCGGAACGGGGAGAGCGCGGAGAGGGGGAAGGAGCCCGCGCAGCCGGCGCACAGUAGCAGGCGAAGAGUAACGUUCGGAGAGGUAACCGGAAUAUGGGAGAUGGCGGAAGGGGACGGGAAGGCGGAGGGGGAAACAGGGGCAGCGGGGAGGGAGGGGAAGGGGACGAGUGGGGGGAAAACGGGCGGAAGAGGAGCGGGGCUGCGGAGAGCAGCCGCGGGGAGCGUGAAGCUGACGCGGAAAGAGCGCGAGGAGGUGAUGGGGGGACUGGGAGCGGAAGCAGCGGAAGGAUUGGGGGGUCUGGGUGCUGGCAGGGGCGGGGGCGAGCAAGGUCUAGUGAGCAAGGGCAGCCGCCGCAGUCGGAACGGCAACAGAGACGGUGGCGGAGACGGCGGCAGCAGCGGGAAUGUGGGUGUUGAGUUGGGGGUGGGCGACGAGGUGAAAGGGUGGGGGGGGAAGGAGAAGGAAGGGAGAGAGAAGAGGACGAAGGAGAAGCGAGGUGGGGGAGAGAAGGCGAGCGGAGCCGAGGGUGGGGGAGGGGAGUUGAGAGAGGGAAGAGAGAGAGAGAGGGAGAGUAGAGAGGAGGGACGACACGAGGGGGAGGUGGGGGGAGAGAGGAGUGUGCGGGAGAAGGGCGCACGGCGCGUGGAGCGACCCAAGACACCGCCCAUGCCCCUGCGCUUGGAUGCGAGACACCAUAGCAGGGAUGCCACCAACGGCGCUGGGGAUUGUGGCGAGAGUGACUAUAUCCACCACCAGACACAACAGGAGGAGGGGGAGCAGCAGGAGGAGCAGGAGCACAAGGCGCGGUCGCGUCGUCGCAGCCGCAUAGCGCGAACGCCCAUGGAAACCCCAGUAGUGUCUCGGCAGGUAAGUGGGAGUAACGACCCCAUCCGCGCUGCUGCUGCUGCUGCCAGCUCGAGCGGCUUCGCGCAGCAUGAGCCGGGACAGGAGGAGAGAGCCGCUUUUGCUGCCCGCGCUGACGCCAAUCUCGCUGCUGCUGCCACCAUGCUGCCGCUUCAGGUGCAGCAGCAGCAGCAGCAGCAGGAGUUAGCUGAGCGGAUGAGGGGAGCGAUGGGAGACGGGCGGAGGGGAGAGGGGGAUUGGGAGAAGGGAGUGAGGCAGGGGGAGUGGUGUGCUGGGCGCGAGCUCAGGUGCAGGAGGAGGAGGAGGAGGAGGAGGAGGAGGUGGAGGAGGAGGAGGAGGAGGAGGAGGAGGAGGAGGUGGAGGAGGAGGAGGAGGAGGAGGAGGAGGAGUGAGAGGAGGGGCGAGGGGAGGGCCGAUGGGGGGACCGGAAUGGGGAUCGUACAAGGAGAGAAGUAUGGCGGCUAUAGCCGACGCUGCUGUUGCUGCAGUGGAGGGGCGAGGGGGCAGCUUCAAAGAACGAGGCACAAGGGGAGGAAGGGGAGGCAGUGGGGGACGAGGGGGGGGGGAAUGGGAGGAGGAGGGGGAGGAGGGGGAGCAGCGGGAGGGGGAGUAGCGGCGGUGCGGGAGGACUGGUUGGGCGUGCGCAUGGGCGUGGACAUCCCCCCCCACGAGCUGCUCCUCAUGCAGCACAACGCCCCUUCGCCUCUCCCCCCCCGUCGCCACCUCUCUCGCCCUCCUCUCGACCCUCGCUCGCCUGCUGGGGCGGGGGUCACUGCUGGUCUUGCUGCUGCUGCUGGUGGACUUGCUGCUGGUGCUGCUGCUGCUGCUGUCUCGGAACUGCAGUUUGGGUUGCCCCUGGGAUACAGCAGUAGCAGUGACGCGAGCAGCACCGCUGGUGCUGGUUUCAUUGACCUAUACGGCGCUGCUGUUGGAGCUGCUGCUGCUGCUGCUGCUGGGGCUUGUUCGCAGGGCAUAGAGACACACAAUAGGGGCACUACAUCGCCCGCAGCAGCAGCAGCAGCAGCAGCAGCAGGGGCAAGGGCAGCAGGAGCAGCAGGAGCAGCAGGAGCACUAGGAGCAGCAGCAGCAGCAGGGGGAAGAGGAGGGGGCGGAGGAGAGUGGUCGUCAAGUGAGUGGGAGGAGCAUCGUAGCGCAACGGCAGAGGGAGGCAAGGGCACUAACUCUAACACUAACGCAGGCUCCCGUCCCUAUGCUUCCCCCGGCCUCUCUCCUCUCAACACACCAGCAUCACCCCCAUCACCAUCGUCACCACCACCACCAUCAACAUCAACAUCAACAUCAGCAGCAGCAGCAGCAGCAGCAGCAGCAGCAGCAGCAGCAGCAGCAGCAGUUGCUGCAGGCCCUGAUUCUCCUCCCCCUGCCAUGGUGCCAGUUGGUGCCUUCCCUUCCACCCCCAACUUCCUCCCCUCCCAUCACCGAGCCUUGGAGCGAAAAGGCACAGAUAUGGGGUUUCAGAGAAAGGUGGCAGCAGGGGUGCUGGGAGGGUGGAAAUGGAAGGGAGGGCGAGGGGGUGAGAGUGGCGGAGGGGCGAGUUUGGGGGAUGGUAGAGGGGGGAGGGAGAUGCGGGAUGGGAGGGGGAGGAGUCGGGAUGACAGUGAGGGUGAGUUUGGCAGAAGCCAUAGCAGUAGCAGCGAUGCUGCUGCUGUCAGUACUAGUGGUGGUUCUGCUGCUGCUGCUGCCGCUGCUGCAGCUGCUGCUGCUGGUGGCCCUUCUGCUCACACACCAAGGAAGGCGAGGGGAAUAGGUGGGGCUGUGAGCGCUGGUUUGGCUCGGUCCAAGUCUGCCCUCCCCCCGGGGCUGCUGCACGUGUUUGGCAGUGCGCUGGGACGCGUGGCGGAUGCUCCCGUGCACGGGUGGGGAAAGAGGGCAGGGAGGAAGGAGGAUGGGGGGGACGGUGGGGGGUUUGGACAAGGAAGGGGGCGAGGAGGAGGAGGAGCAGUGAAGGUAGGGGAUGGGAGGGGGGAGGAGCACGGGUCGGAUCUUGCUCCUGGCAGCACGAGUGAGAGGGAGGAAGGGGAACAGAUGGGUCAGAGAGGAGGAGAGAGGAAGGUGGAGAGAGGAGGAGAGAGAGGGGGAGAGAGGGGAGGCGAGAAAGGGGUGGGAGUGCGGGGUGAGAGGGGGUCGAAGCGAGAGGAGGGCAGGUGGGGGGAGGAGCAGAGGAGGGAGGCUGAGCUGGCGUGCCUGCAGGCAGAGGACAGAGCAACAGGAGGAGGAGGUCCGGGAAAGCAGGGUAGGGCAAGAGGUAGAGGAAACGGGUCAGGCAGGGGGAGAGAGGAGGGCGGGAGGGAGGGAGCGAGAGAGGGAGGGGGUGAGGGGACAGGGAGGGGCUAUGAGGGAAGAGUAGGGAAGGGGAGAAGCGGCAAGGAGAGCAGUGGUGGAGGGAGGUGCAGGAGUGAUGGAGGUGGGGGCGUGGCGUCCCUUGCUGCGUCGAAUGAAUGGCUGGAAGAUGACCAUGGGCAACAGCAGCAGCAGGGUAGGCAGCGGCAGGGUGAUAGUGGCAGUCAUAGGAGGAGCAAGACACACAUGGGGGGAAUGCUGCACUCUCCUGCUGCUGCUGCCGGUGGUGCCAGUGGUGCCGGUGGUGCCGGCGCUGGCAGUGGUGGCAGCUUCUCUCCUGCUGCUGCUGCUGCUGCUGCUGCUGCUGUUGAUGCUGCCUCUGCUUCUACUGGUGCUGCUGGUGUUGGUCAGCGCGCACGAGGCUACUCGCGCAACCACAUGCGCAACGAGAGCCUCAUGUGGACGCCAGAGAUCGAUGCCACGGCCGCUAAUGUCGGCGCUGGCAGUGCCAUCUCCUUCGCCGCUGCCGCUUCCGCUUUCGCCGCCGCCUCUGCUGCUUCCGCCUCCGGAGGGGCAGCUUCCCCGUUUCACCCUGCUCUAGGAUCAAUGGGUUACAACCAAGACCCCUCACACCAAGCAGCAGCAGCAUCGGCAACCUCGAUGGGGAAAUACGCCUCCCUUGCAUGCGCUCUCUCUUCCGGCAGCAGCAGCGUCGAAAAGAUCUCCGCGGCCCGGACAAUCCGGGCAGCUGUGAAAGCCCGUGGGGGAGCCGAGAGCAGGGAGGAGUGGCGGAACCUCCUGGAAGCUGGGGUGCUUGAAGCCCUGAUAGCAGCCCUACACACAGACGACUGGGAGUGCGAGCAGGGAGAGCCGGCAGAGGUGGUGGUGGAAAACGUGAUGACGGCGCUGCUGGCCCUUCUCCUGCAUUGGAACGCCGGUCCCGAGGUGGUCUUGGCAGGGGGGGUCCCCUCUCUGGUGUCGGUGCUGCAGCAUGCAACGCCUGUGGCUCAAGCUACAGCAGCGGCCGCCCUCUACGUGCUGGCGAAGGACGAUGAGAACCGGUCUCUGGUGCGCACAGCUGGAGCAAUCCCUGCUCUGGUGGAGGUGAUGGCGAGGGGGUCCCCGAGAGGGAGGAAGGACGCGGCCCUUGCUCUCUUCGCGCUCUCUCUCUCGGUGCGCUGUGCCCGGGAUAUCGUUUCCUCUGGGGCGAUCCCGCUCCUGCUGAGCUUUGUCGGGCAGGACGAAAAUGACGGCGGGCUGCCCGGGAUGGAGGAGAAGGCGGCGGCCGUGCUGCUGAAUCUUUCGAGGCUGCCUGAGGCGUGCCUGGAGAUAGCAGACCAGGAGGCAGGGGUGACGCAUCUAGUGGACCUGCUAGAUGCGGGGGGUUGCCAGAGAAGCAAGGAGGAUGCGGCAGGGGUGCUGCUAGCCAUGUUACAGACCGAGGUGGUGACGGUGGGGGCGCUGAGAGCGGAGGGGGCCAUUCCCUCUCUUGACGGAAAUUAAGUGCACAGGAGGGGCUCAAAAGUGCAGGGAGUCUGGUCACUCAAGCACACCUAUUGACUGCUCCUCCUCCACUCGCUCACUGCUUACAGUGUUUCAGAAGCUGCUAUGACGAGUAGUCACUUCCACACCACAACACACCAUGACUGACGCCUUGGCACCCUUCCGACUGCUGUGUUUUGCCGAUGGGGACUGCGGUACACGUGUCUGCUGCUAUUGAGUUGAGGGGGCGAACGUGUGGCUGCUCUGCUGCAGCUGUUGGCCCAGAUCAUAUCCUAGGCUGGUUGAAGGAAGCUGGGCUGGCCUGCAAGAGCGAGGCAGGCAGUCGACUCAAGGCGGUAUUUGGUGGAGGUUUGUGUGAUUUGUGAAGCGGAGGGGAAUCUGCAAGGCAGUCCCACAGGCUCAAUAACAGGGCAAGCGGGGUUUCUCCUGCACGUGCGAGACUUCCAGCAUUCGUUUGUUUCAGUUUGUGUCAUGUUGUGUCUGGUCCGGUGCUCCUACUAACCACAAUUUGCUCAUUCUUUCUUGUACCGUAUUUGCACUCACAUUCUGUUUGUUCUUGCGUAGGACUAACCGACUGCUUAUGUGCUGUCAAGACUGUAGUUAAAGGUCGUUGUCUUAACAAAA